AUGGAGACUGCGGGUUCUGGGUCAGCUCUGGGGAGGCCCUGCCCUAACACCGUUGGGAAACUCUUGCUUUGCCUCUGUUUCCUGUGCUCCCUGGUGACCUACGCGCUGGUGGGGGCUGUCCUUUUCUCAGCUGUAGAAGGCAGCCAGGGCUUCAGGGCGGACGACCAGAAGGAGUUCGAGUUCUUCUUGCAGAAUCUUAGCACCAUCUUGGGAUGUAACAAAACAGUUGAGGAAGGCCCGAAGCAGAGGCUCCGAGAGCUGCUUCAGAACGUGAAGCCCCAGUGGCUGCCCCGGUUCUCAGACUGGUCCUUCCUGAGCUCCCUCUUCUUCUGCUGCACCGUCUUCACCACUGUGGGUUAUGGCCACAUCUACCCUGUCACCAGGCUGGGCAAGUACCUCUGCAUGCUCUAUGCCCUCCUGGGCAUCCCCCUCAUGUUUCUGGUCCUCACCGACACCGGUGACAUCCUGGCCGCCAUCCUGUCCACAUUUUACAACAGAUUCUGCAAACUCCCCAUCCAGGCCUCUCACCUUCCCAGGUGGUGUCCCCAGCUGCUCUGCAAGAGAAGACCUGACGCCAGGCCUGGGCAUGAAGUCACCCCAAAGAUCGUCAUCAGUUCUGAAGACCUCCCAGACCACAAACCCAGCCGGGGUUCCCUAGGCCAGAGCCACAACGAGGAGCUGUUUGAACGGCUCCUGGCCCGAGAGAGGCCGAACGUGCUGCAGCCGCCCCCGCGGGCCAUGGAGAGGAGCAGUUCGUGCCCCGAGCUGGUGUCCGGGAGGCUCUCCUCCUCCCUCAUCUCCAACCUGGAUGAGGUCGGGCGGCAGGUGGAGAGGCUGGACGUGCCCCUCCCGGUCAUCGCCCUCGUGGUCUUUGCCUACAUUUCCUGUGCGGCCGCCAUCCUCCCCAUGUGGGAGAAGCAGCUGGACUUCGAGAACGCCUUUUACUUCUGCUUCGUCACGCUGACCACCAUCGGCUUUGGAGACACCACCUUGGAUCACCCGAAGGUCUUCAUGUUCUUCUCCAUUUACAUCAUCGUUGGCAUGGAGAUCGUGUUCAUUGCUUUCAAGUUGGUGCAAAACAGGCUGAUCCACGUCUACAAAAAGCUUAUGCUAUUCUUUGUCGACGGGAAGUUCUCCCACCCUGGGAAGAAGUGA